CAGAGAUGGGACAAACGGCGUCAACAUUGUUUUCCUGGGCGUUAUGCUUGGGGCUUUGUCGGAUGAGAAUUGAAUGAUUGUCGCUGCCAUCGCGGAGUUGUGAACCCAUGCUGAAAAUGCAUGACUAGUAACGUCUCGUUACCGGUUGGCAAGCCCUUCAUGUCUCACUGAUUAAAUACAUGUCGUCGAGUGCUUCUUGUUUCUUGCCUUCAGUUGAGAAUGCCGCGCUAUAGCUGCAGUUCUUGCACUCGGCGAAUAUAUGCAUAUUUUUGCAUGGACAGACGAAACUGACCUUCACAGCACCGUCCCCACUCAGGACAAUGUCCUCGUCCCCGAGACUCUCCUGAAGAAGCGCAAGAGCCAGGAGCAGGCUCGCGCUGUCGCCCGUGAGGAGGCUGCCAAGAAGAAGGCCGCCAGCAAGGAGAAGCGUGCCGCCAUCUUCAAGCGCGCCGAGUCCUACGUCAAGGAGUACCGCGAUGCUGAGCGUGAGAAGAUCCGCCUUGGCCGCGUUGCUCGCAAGGAGGGUAACUUCUACGUUGCUGAGGAGCCCAAGCUUGUCUUCGUUAUCCGUAUCAAGGGUAUCAACAAGAUCUCUCCCCAGCCCCGCAAGAUCCUGCAGCUCCUCCGUUUGCUCCAGAUCAACAACGGAACCUUCGUCCGCCUUACCAAGGCUACCCAGGAGAUGCUGACCAUCAUCAACCCCUACAUUGCCUAUGGUUACCCCAACCUCAAGAGCAUCCGUGAGCUCAUCUACAAGCGCGGUUACGGAAAGGUCAACAAGCAGCGUGUUGCUAUCUCCGACAACCAGAUCAUCGAGGAGAACCUCGGCAAGUACGGCAUUGUCUGUGUUGAGGAUCUCAUUCACGAGAUCUACACCGUUGGCCCCAACUUCAAGCAGGCCAACAACUUCCUCUGGCCCUUCAAGCUCUCCAACCCCACUGGUGGCUUCCACAAGCGCAAGUUCAAGCACUUCAUCGAGGGUGGUGACUACGGUAACCGUGAGGAGAACAUCAAUGCCCUCAUCCGCCAGAUGAACUAGAUUCGCUUACUCUGGGCGAUUGGUGUUCGUACUGGGACAUGGACUUUGACGGCAUG